AUGUGCCGGAGGUGUUACUCUUCCGAAGAUUAUUGUGUUGAGGACAAUGAUGCCGGAAGGAAGGAGAGCGUGGUGGUGGUCAUGGGCGCCACGGGGACGGGGAAGUCGAAGCUGUCGAUCGACCUGGCAACCGAGUUCUCCGGGGAGGUGGUGAACUCGGAUAAGAUUCAGGUGUACCGGGGACUCGACAUCACCACCAACAAGAUGCCGGUCGCGGAUCGCUGCGGCGUGCCGCACCAUUUGCUGGGGGAUCUCGACCCAGCCGCGGGAGAGCUCCCGCCGGCGGCGUUCCGGGAAAUGGUGGCCCGCGCAAUCUCCGGGAUAGCCGGCCGAGGCCGAUUGCCGGUGGUGGCCGGUGGGUCCAACUCCUUCAUAUACGCCGCCAUGGCCGGCAGCUACGACCCCGGGCGGAGCCCAUUUGCCGGUGGCUGGAAGGCGGGGAGGAGGAGGGAAGGGAGGCUGCGGUAUCGGUGCUGCUUCCUUUGGGUGGACGUGGAGGCUGCGACGCUGGCGGAGCAACUUGAUCGGCGGGUGGAGGAGAUGGUGGCGGCGGGGAUGGUGGAGGAGUUGGGCCGGUAUUUCGAGGCGGAUGAGGAAGCGGGGAAGUUGAGGCACCCGGGGCUGGCAAAGGCGAUCGGGUUGGCGGAGUUCCAGGAGUACUUCCUGGGAGAGGGGCGGGGGACGGCGCCAGCGUAUGAGGCUGCAGUGGUGGCCAUCAAGGCGAACACGCGGCGGCUGGCGGAGGAGCAGGUGUGGAAGAUCGAGCGGCUGAAGCAGAUGGGAUGGCCGCUGCGGAGGCUGGACGCCACCGCGGUGGUGGCUGCGCGACUGGCCAGGGAGGCAGCGGAGGCUGAGGCGGCGUGGGAGAGGGACGUGGCGGGGCCCGGCGCCGCGGCGGUGGAGCAGUUCCUAAAGGAAAAGUCGGAGGGGCACCUGCAUCACCACAUCGUCCCUUCUCCUCUAAUUUAUGCUUAGCUUUUGUUCAUAAUAAGAGCGGAAGAAAAAAUUGGUAAAGAAGGAACAGUAAAAGCAAAGUGUCCGAAACUCUUUUAUUUCUUUUUCUUGAUAUGUUUAAUAUGUCCAAAAUCUAAAAUUGAUGCAUAAAUUUCAAAACAUACGAAUCAGUCUUUUAAACAAACAUGACUCUCCUAAAACCUCCUUUUAGGUCUCAUCUUGAAAGUAUAAAACCGCUUUUGUUUUAAUUAACUGUCCCACCGAUAAUAAAUUCAAUCAGAUCAACCUAAUCAAGAUGAUUAGAACGGGUCUCUUACAAAUGUUCGCAAGAUUAAUUAAAUGAGUACAAAUGU